AUGCCUCGUCGUUCUCUCCGACAAUCCGCCGGUUCCGCCCAUCCGGCUGCCUCCAAGCGGCCCAGCUCGCCGCAAUCCACGCCGACUCGGCAGUCCAAGCGGACCAGGGUCUCUGCCCGCUCCAAAGCUACGCCUACCAAGAGCCAGUACUUUGAGCAGGAGCCAGAGGAUGUCGCUGGGCCUGAGCAGUCUGAGCCCGACGACACGCUGGCAAAGGACGAGUCUGCCUACGAGGACGAGGACGUCGCCGGCAUCGGGUCCAGCACCCAGUCCGACGAUUCUAGUGAGGGGGACGCAUAUGCCUCCGACGAAUGCCCCGCGCCCAAGAAGAGGGGUCUUCCCCAGAAGCCGGCCCGCAUGACGAAGGCAACGGCGGCGACGGGCAGGAAGGGCAAAGAAUUGUGGAGGGCGGGCGUCGACACAGGCCUAGAACCAGGCACGAAGCUGAUCAUCAAGAAGCCCAAACCCAGGGAAGCUGGUGAUACGCCAUAUACAGAUGACACCAUACAUCCGAAUACAAUGCUCUUCUUGAAAGACUUGGCCGGCAACAAUGACCGCGAAUGGCUGAAGAUGCACGACCCGGACUACCGCACAUCCUUGAAGGACUUCAACUCAUUCGUCGAGCGACUGACGGAGAGGGUCAUCGAGGCAGACGACACCAUCCCUGAGCUGCCCACUAAAGACAUUGUCUUCCGAAUUUACAGAGAUAUCAGAUUUAGCUCUGACCCAACGCCGUACAAGACGCACUUUGCUGCCGCCUGGUCCCGAACCGGCCGAAAAGGGCCAUAUGCAGCAUACUACGUGCAUAUCGAGCCGAACGCCAAUUUCGUAGGUGGCGGCCUCUGGAUGCCCGCAGCGGACAGCCUCCAAAGGCUGAGGCGUGAGAUCGAUCUCAAGCCCCACAAGAUCAAGCGUGUCUUGAACGAUGUGAAUAUCCGAAAGGAAUUCUUCGAUGGGAUUCCGAACGACGAGAAGGCAGCGGUGCGAGCCUUUACGAAGAAGAAUGCUGAAAGCGCACUCAAGGUCAGGCCUCAAGGAUACGAGAAAGACCAUCGAGACAUUGAGCUGCUGCGGUUGCGCAGCUUCACGAUUGGCACGAAGCUGGACGACAGGGCGGUUGUGGGAGCGGGAGGACUGCAGCGGAUAGCUGACUUGAUCGCAUGCAUGGUGCCAUUUAUCACGUACCUCAACAGCGUAGUCAUGCCGGACGCGCCGUCGAGCGGCGACGGCAGCGGCGCCGAGGGCGAUGAGUAG